AUGAACGAAGAAGAGAAACCGCCCUUACCAUCCAGCCCUCCGCCGGAACCGUAUGAACCCCCAAGAGGUGUUUCAUUUGCAUUGAGCACUGAAUCACCCCUAUACGAUUACAACUUGGUGACGUCGUAUUCAUCGUCGACAUCAUCGCCAUCGGCUUUGUACGUCACCAACGAAUAUCAACGAUAUUCGCCAAGCUCUCCGGGUAUUCCACUCAUUCCGGAGGAACAAAAACCAACAACAUUCUCUUUUAUUGAAUCUCUUUUUCUACCAGUGUCAUCCUCGAAUAGUUCAUGGCAAUAUCCACCAUCGACUACACCAACUCCACCAAUGAUUAUUGAGGAGGGAAUUGUCAAAAACGGGUCGACUCAUCCAGUCUCACCGAGAAGUAUUGCAAAUUCAUUGGAUUCGUUAUCAGAAUGUGCUCAACAUCAUCAGUCGGAUGUACAAAAUGCAAACACAAACGGUGAUCGUAGCCGCAGCUUGGGUGAUCUUCUAUCAGCCACCACUCAAGAUGGAAACGAUUCAAUGCGUAAUGGAAGCUAUGACACUUUGGUUUCGAAAGGAGGAAACGGUCUAGCAGACAGUGGAAUUGGUGCCGGACUGCUAAUGAUGAGAGAUGAAAUGGAUAUAAUGGAUGACAACAAUACAUCUCCUUCAUCUCCUGAUCGAAUUCCAACGGAUAUUUCAUCACCCGACUCGUUCUCCUAUCCAGCUGUCUCAUUCGCAUCGUACGAUCCCGUCGGUGCUGGAAACAUUGCUCUGUCGUAUUCGAAUGAAAACACGAAUCCAUUAGAUUCGUCAAGCCGGGGACAUUCGUCAGACGAUCGGAAACAUUCGGAACUUCCAGCAAUUAGUGAAGAAUCAGAACACGAACAAUCCAUUCACAUUCCGUACAAUUAUCAAUUGAAUCAUCAAAAUCCACACGCUUCGUCAGUUGGACCCCUUCCAUCUGCAAUUGAUCGCCAUCGUGAAGUUGUGGAACACACUUACCCGAUGUUUCAUUGUAAAAGUGCACCAUCAACAAACUCUUUUAUCAAUAAUAAUAUUGAGCAUCGAAGAGUUGUUAGUGAUGAUGUUACUGAAAUUACACGACUCAAACGAAGUGAAGAAAUGGAAAAUAUGGAUAAGAUUGGACGUAAUUCGUUUGAAAAACGUUCUGCUUCGUCUCAAAAUUUGAAGAAAGGGCGGUGCAAAAGCGCGAUGGUAGUAUUCCAAGGAGAACUCGACGAACAAGAGGAUUCAGAAGAUGAAGACAAUGAUGUUGAUGGAUACUCGAAAGAUAAUGAAAUGUUGAUUUUGGAUAAAGGAGGAGCUGAUGAAAGAUACAGAUAUGCUGGUGCAUCGAAGGCCAAUCAAUCAUUGCGCCAUUAUGAUAAUCACGCAAACUUGCCAUCAAUCUCAUCAUCCGAGCCGCCCCCAGUCCGAAUACAUCGAAAAGUGUCUGCAGCAUCCGCUGCUUCAUCAUCUCGUUCAUCCCCCUACAAGGCCAGUGAUCAAUCGUGGAAGGAUAAAAUGCCACCGUUUGGAAUGGUGGGGCACACGAUGUAUUCUCCACAAUCACUUCCAACGAGAGACGCUGUCCCAAGGUCACCAUUCGACGGAUCUGGAACAAUAAGUGGAGCAUCUGGAGUCAUAUCCGGAGGGUCUCAAAGACUGAUUUCGGUCGAAUUGCCAACCGGAGGAGAAACUGAAACGGAUGGAACAACAACUAGUCCAGAUAGCACUUCUCCACUAUAUACUACACCAAUUCGUCCACGUCUUCUACAAUAUCACAAUCUUCCAUCACCACCGGCACUUCUAGCCACCUCUGAAGUCACUGAAGACAUCAUGCCACUUUCUGAGAUUUGUAAUAAUAAUCGGUUUUCGAUUUCUUCUUCGAUCAAUACUGAUCACUCGUCACCGGCUUCAAAAAGUCAGACAAGUAAUCCGAACAACUCUUUUGUUCGAAGAAGUCUUCGAAAGAUUAUGAAACGUGGAUCUGUGUCAACAACGACACUUGGAACAGAAGAUGGCGGAUUACGUACUGGGUCGUUGAAACGGAGAGCCUCUAAUGCGUCCUCAUCAUUUUUCGCAUCCGCACAAGCACAUCUUAGACCAAGACCGAAGAGUUUAAAGAAGCAAAGUAGUUGGAUGUGCACGUCUAUAUUGCAUACGGUACCUUCUUCUGGGGACGAUGAAGAAGGUGAUGACGCAUACUUUCCAUCGGCCAACGCCACCACCACAGCUUCCUUCUUGUCCUCGUCAUCAUCACUGUCUUUUCUGUCGUUGUCAUCAAUCGGAAAGAACAAAAAAGAAAAAUCGGGAUCAGAUACAUUCACGUUUGGAAAUUUGUUCCGGAAGAAGCCCACCGCCAGUCGUCCAAAUCUAGCAGAUAUCAUAUCGGAUUUAGAUCAAAGGUCAACGACAAGUCGACAAAUGAGUGGUGGCGGAUCUCUUUCAGUGGGAGCAACAAACAGACGCAGUACCUCUGCUACAAUUCUUCCGAUGAGUGGUGGACCCAACGACCCGACAACUCCAUUCGAUUCUGCCUCACUUGACGGUAGGCUGAAAUAA